AUGAUGUUGCGGUGGGGACAGACGCUUAUAGUGCAGCCCCGGCCAGCCUGCCGGCCCACGAAGCGCAGCAUUUGCUUCCUGAAGAUGCACAAGUGCGCCAGCUCUUCGGUGCAGAACGUGUUCAUGCGCUAUGGCGAGACGCACAACAUGACGUUCGCGCUGCCAGCUCGCGGCAACCUCAUGGGCUACCCCCGCAUCUUCGAGCGGUCAAUGGCAGCCGUCGGGAAGCCGCCUUUCGACAUCCUGGCGCACCACACGCGAUUCAACGAGAGCGAGAUGCGAGCCGUGCUCAAACCGAACGUCGUCUUCAUCACCAUCGUCCGUGAACCAGCUGCACUGUUCGAGUCGCUCUACUCGUACUUCAACUACGAGGCGUCGUUCCACCUGAAGUUGGAGCAGAUUCCGAACGCCGUGCGAAACGACUCACAAAGACGUAUCUUGCGCGGAUUCUUCCCGGGUCCACAUCGUGGCUGGCUUGGCUUCGACCAGAUGAGCUUCGACCUCGGCUUCGACUUCACUCAAGCUGGCAACGCAUCGGCCGUGGACGCCUUUCUCGAACACGUGGACGCUGUCUUCGACCUCGUGAUGGUAGUCGAGCGCCUGAACGAGUCCCUCGUUCUGCUUCGAGACCUGCUUUGCUGGGAGAUGGACGACGUCGUCAUGUUCAAGAUCAACGCUCGGACGAUCAGCACAGCUAGUCGUCUAGAUGUUCUGAAGCAAGAGGCGCAUGCCUGUGUACCAGCGACCCACCCAAUGGCGCGCUGGCGGCCGAUCUGCCGCUCGCUGAACGCGGUCGACGUGAAGCUGUACCAGUACUUCACGAAACGCUUCGACGAGCGUGUGCAGUUGUUCGGGCGGGAACGAAUGCGGAGUGAAUUGCGCCUACUCGAAAACAGGACGGAGCACUGGUACCAGGAGUGCGUUGCUCUAGAUAAAAGAAGAGGCAAAAAAGUUCGUCAGCCCAUGAUGCUGACGUACAAGGUGAAGAACACCAGCUCCCACAUAUGCGGCCUGAUGACCCUGGGCGAAAUACCCUUCACUCGGCGGCUACAAGCAAUGCAGCUCCAGCGCUUUUCACAAGAUCAGCCGAAGAACGCUGCUUAG